UUGUCUUUUCCAGUGAUGAGCUCCCUGUAGUCCUUAUUAUAAUGAUCACACCUGCACUGGGUAUUCACUGUCAGGUGCAGAAGAGCAUUUGAUUCCUGCAUGGCAAUGAUUAUAUUACCCAUCCGGACAAAGAGAAGGGUUUGCAACACAGUACUCCUGGUUUAUGUUCUCUUUUAAAAGUUUCUAUUUGUGGGAUGUUUAAUGUGGAUUAUUUUUCUGAGGACUAUUUGGACAAAGAGGAGGAAAAGUCGAGAUGGAUGUGACACUUACUUACAUGGAGUUGGGAGGAUACUUCUCUGAACUUCACCUGUUUCCAAUAUCUCGGUAACAUCGCUUGAGUUUAAUGUGACUAAAUAAUAAAUCUCGUACAGAAGGUAAAGAAAGUACAAGAAGUAUAUCUGUGACUUCUGGCUGGCUUGCUUACAUGAAGGUACAGGAGGCUAAUUAGUGUCCUUCUGAUGCUAAAAGCCUGGGGAGCUGCUUUUACAGGGUCCUUUAUCUUCCAUCCCAGGUAUUCCCUGACAGCCUCGGGACUCCCAGGUUUGGAGGCACCUGGGAAUUCCAGCAAAAACUUGGAUGACCAAUUGUUGUUGCCUGAUGGGAGAGAGACCUCCCAGGCCAGCCCUGUAUGUGUUGGAGGCAGCUGCUGCCUGGCUCCGUUUCAGGGAGUGGUUACCUUGAGACCAGUCUUGAGCUUGCUGAUCAGAGAUCACACAAAACCUUGGAGGGGUUCCAGGCACACAACAAGCCUCAGCAGGUAAUUACAGCUCUAACCCUCUAAACUCCAGCAUUAUCCCCCUCUGGACCAGCUCAGCCUUCCUCUUCCCAUCCUCAUCUUUACAGAUCAGCUUGGCACAGUCCAGCAGCUGGAGGAGGGCUCCCCCCCAAUUUGUGCCUCCCACAAAAGCAACAUGAGCUGAGUUUUUAAUUGGACUAACCAUCAAGGGUAGAGAACAGAGCAGUUUGUGGACUUAACCCGAGAAUUUAUAUACAGAUCUAGGCAGCAUCAGAACUAUAUAGAUCUACAGGACAAGCUGCACUUCAAUCUGUUUCCAAUGCUAUAAGUAAGAAUUAGGGCAGAAGGAGCAGGAUGAAAAUAUGGCAGUCCUGUUGUUGCCACCAGGUCCUGACAGCUUCCGCCGCUUCACCCCCGAAUCAUUGGCUGCUAUCGAGAAGCGUAUUGCUGAGGAACAGGCCAGAAGUGCCAAACGGGAAUACCGAGAUGGAGAGAACAAUGAGAACACAGAGGACAAACCUGCGCCACAUCCUGACUUGGAGGCUGGCAAACAGCUGCCUCGAAUCUUUGGGGACUUUCCAUCACAUCUCAUCGGACAACCCCUGGAGGAUAUUGACCCUUUCUACAAAAACCAAAAGACCUUUGUAGUACUAAACAAAGGAAAGACAAUCUUCAGAUUUAGUGCCACACCUGCUUUGUAUAUAAUUAGUCCUUUCCAUCCUAUCAGAAGAGCUUCAAUCAAAAUUUUGGUACAUUCAUUGUUCAGUAUGUUUAUAAUGUGCACUAUUCUCACAAACUGCGUUUUCAUGGCGAUGUCAGACCUUGGACCGUGGAGCAAAUAUGUUGAGUAUACUUUCACUGGCAUUUACACUUUUGAAUCAAUGAUAAAAAUCCUGGCAAGAGGGUUCUGUAUGAAAGAAUUUACCUUCCUGCGAGACCCAUGGAACUGGCUGGACUUCAGUGUUAUUGUUAUGGCAUAUGCCACUGAGAUUGUCGACCUGGGCAAUGUGUCAGCUUUAAGAACAUUCAGAGUACUUCGAGCAUUGAAAACAAUCUCAGUCAUUCCAGGACUGAAGACCAUUGUCGGAGCUCUCAUCCAGUCAGUAAGGAAGCUUGCGGAUGUUAUGAUCUUGACGGUUUUCUGUUUGAGCGUCUUUGCCCUGAUAGGGCUGCAACUCUUUAUGGGCCAUUUAAAACAAAAAUGCGUUCGAGAUUUCAUUGACUAUAACAAAACAAUAUCUCAAAGCUUGUCUUGGGAAAUGGAGAACUCUACCUGGUCAUCUUAUGAGGAUUUCAUCAAAGAUGAUAAGAAUAUCUUCAAAAAACCUGGAGCAAAAGAUGCCUUGCUUUGUGGAAAUAGCAGCGACGCUGGGAAGUGCCCUGAAGGUUACAUUUGUCUGAAGGUUGGGAAGAACCCCAAUUACGACUACACCAGUUUUGAUACCUUUGGGUGGGCUUUCCUUUCUCUCUUCCGACUUAUGACACAGGACUACUGGGAGAAUUUAUAUCAGCAGACUCUCAGGGCUUCAGGGAAGACAUACAUGAUAUUUUUUGUAUUCGUCAUCUUUUUGGGAUCCUUUUAUUUGGUAAACUUGAUCCUUGCUGUGGUCGCCAUGGCGUAUGAAGAGCAGAACCAGGCCAGCAUUGCUGAGGCAGAGAAAAAGGAAAAGGAGUUUCAGCAAGCCAUGGAGCAACUAAAGAAGGAGCAAGAGGCACUUGCCAGCAGAGGACCUGAUGCUGGAUCUCACAGCUCCUGUGAAAUGUCGCCCUUCAGUUCCAAAAGUGCCAAAGAAAGGAGAAACCGAAGAAAGAAAAAAAAAUCCUCAGAAGUUGACGAGUAUAAUGAUCACACGAGAGCUCACAGAGGAGAGUCUGAUGAAGACAGCAUGCGAAAGAUGUCUCUUCUUGGCAUUGGUUUUGGGCCCAGCUCAGCAAAACGAAGGAUAAGUCAAGGAAGUAUAUUUAACUUUCGUAUCCGUGGAAGGGAUCUUUGCUCAGAGACUGAAUUUGCCGAUGAUGAAGUAAGCAAUGCCAGUGACGGUCAUAGAGGAUCAUUGCUCGUUCCACGUGCUGGAAGACGCCAAAGUGUCCAGAGCCAAACAAGUGCACAUUCCUAUCCAAACACCCCUGGAUUUACACAGAAUGGCAAGAGGAACAGUUCGGUGGACUGUAAUGGAGUGGUGUCUUUGGUUGGAGGAGCUGGCACUCACUCCAAUCCACCCUCUCCAGGAUCAUUACUACUGCCAGCCGUCAUUGUGGAGAAAUCUGGGAUGGAAGAAAAUAUGUCUCCCUCAGACCUUGAAAUGAGUAAGAUGCAGUUGCUGAUGCCUCAUCGCCUCUCAGUGGAAUACAUGGACCAGCCAUUUCAGCGUCAGCGGGCAGUCAGUGCUGUCAGUGUAUUGACCAAUGCCAUGGAAGAACUUGAAGAAUCCAGACAGAAAUGUCCUUCUUGCUGGAACCAUUUUGCCCAGAGGUUCCUGAUCUGGGACUGUUGUACACUGUGGUUACAAAUCAAGAAAGGUGUGCUAUUCGUUGUCAUGGAUCCUUUCACGGACCUAACCAUCACCAUUUGUAUUGUACUGAACACCCUCUUCUUGGCUUUGGAACACGACGCGAUGACAGAUGACUUUAAAAGAAUGCUAAACACUGGCAACUACGUUUUCACUGGUAUUUUUACUGCUGAAAUGGUGUUCAAAAUUAUUGCCUUAGAUCCCUACUACUAUUUCCAGCAGGGAUGGAAUAUUUUCGAUAGCAUCAUAGUGACUCUGAGUUUAACGGAAUCCUAUCUGAAUAAUCUUUCCAGUAUGGGAAAUCUGUCUGUCUUGCGCUCUUUCCGACUGCUUCGGGUUUUCAAAUUGGCAAAGUCUUGGCCAACAUUAAACACUCUCAUCAAAAUCAUCGGCAAUUCUGUUGGAGCACUAGGGAACCUCACCCUUGUUUUGGCAAUCAUUGUCUUUAUUUUUGCUGUGGUGGGAGUGCAGCUUUUUGGUCGGAACUACCUGGACUGUGUCUGCAAAAUUAAUGAGGAUUGCAAAUUACCACGAUGGCAUAUGAAUGACUUCUUUCAUUCAUUCCUCAUUGUGUUCCGAAUUUUGUGUGGAGAAUGGAUUGAGACCAUGUGGGAUUGUAUGGAAGUUAGCGGUAAACCACUGUGCCUCCUUGUCUUCCUGCUGGUCAUGGUUAUAGGAAACCUGGUGGUCCUGAACCUCUUCUUGGCUCUCCUGCUAAGCUCUUUCAGCGCAGACAAUUUAUGCGCACCAGAUGAUGAUGGAGAAAUGAACAAUCUUCAGAUCGCCAUUGCUAGAAUUCAAAGGGGCAUUUCCUUUGCUAAACAAACCAUCUUAGAUUUUUUCUGCAACUUAUUCACCAAGCCCAAAAAAACUGGGGACACUUUUAUAACAACUCUGUCUAGAAAGGAUAGGAAUAUCAACAACAUCAAUCUGAACAAUCACAUGAGCAUGGCCGAUACUGGGAAAGAAAAGGGCGAUUACAUGGAAGGAAAUAAUACUAAUGGACGCAUUUCAAAAAAUGGGGACAAGUAUGUCGUUAGUGAGGGUGACGAUUACAUGACCAACCCUCGUCUCUCUGUCUGUGUUCCUAUUGCUUUGGGUGAAUCUGAUGCAGAGUAUCAUGAAGAUGAUGAACAGAGUAUUUUCACAGAUGCUGAGAAUGGUAAAGAGACUGAUGAUACAUGUAAAAAGAAACCGUAUGACAGCAUUUCCGAGUGCAGCACGGUAGACCUGAGAAAAUCCGGAGAACUCAUCGAGCAACAACCUGUCUCUAAUGAGGAGUUCAUGGAGCCCGAGGAAUGCUUUACGGAAGGCUGUUUGCGUAACUGCCCAUGUUUCAAAAUAGACGUCACAAAAGGAGUGGGCAAAGUGUGGUGGAAGCUGAGAAAGACGUGCUACAAGAUAGUUGAACACAACUGGUUUGAGAGUUUUAUCAUCUUCAUGAUUCUCCUCAGUAGUGGAGCACUGGCAUUUGAAGAUAUUUAUAUCGACAAGAAAACAGUCAUCAAAGUUAUCUUGGAAUAUGCAGACAAGGUUUUCACUUAUAUCUUUGUCCUUGAAAUGCUCCUGAAAUGGGUGGCGUAUGGCUUUAAGAAGUACUUCACUAAUGCUUGGUGUUGGCUGGAUUUCUUCAUAGUUGGUGUGUCUUUAAUAAGCCUCAUAGCUACUGCACUGGGAUUCUCCGACUUUGGUCCUAUAAAAUCUCUUAGGACCCUCAGAGCUUUGAGACCGUUAAGGGCAUUGUCACGGUUUGAAGGGAUGAGGGUGGUAGUGAAUGCCUUAAUUGGGGCUAUCCCAUCCAUCAUGAAUGUCCUGCUGGUCUGUCUCAUUUUCUGGCUCAUUUUUAGCAUUAUGGGAGUGAAUUUAUUUGCUGGAAAGUUUGGAAAAUGCAUUUAUGCUGAUAACAAGACAGAGGUGGAUCCCUCCAUUGCAGACAAUAAAACCCUUUGUAAGUUAAUGAAUGUAACAGAAGCCUACUGGACUAAAGUAAAAGUCAACUUCGAUAAUGUUGGUGCAGGAUACCUGGCGCUUCUUCAAGUGGCAACAUUUAAAGGAUGGAUGGACAUCAUGUACGCUGCUGUGGACUCACGGGAAGAGCAAGAAUAUCAGCCAAUAUAUGAAAAAAAUAAGUACAUGUACCUGUAUUUUGUCAUUUUCAUCAUUUUUGGAUCUUUCUUCACCCUGAACCUUUUUAUUGGUGUGAUCAUAGACAACUUCAACCAACAAAAAAAGAAGUUAGGAGGCCAGGAUAUUUUUAUGACAGAGGAACAAAAAAAAUAUUAUAAUGCAAUGAAGAAGCUGGGCUCAAAAAAGCCUCAAAAACCAAUUCCAAGGCCAAAGAACAAAUUUCAAGGAUUCAUCUUUGAUGUUGUAACCAAGCAAGCCUUUGACAUUAUUAUUAUGGUCCUCAUAUGUCUUAACAUGGUCACGAUGAUGGUGGAAACAGAUGAACAGACUGACUAUGUAGAUAAUUUACUUUACUAUAUUAACCUGGCAUUUGUGGUCAUUUUUUCUGGGGAAUGUAUGUUGAAAAUCCUGGCGCUCAGGUACUACUACUUCACUAUCGGAUGGAACAUCUUCGAUUUUGUUGUGGUGAUCCUAUCCGUUGUUGGCAUUGUACUUUCGGAUAUUAUCAAAAAUUACUUUGUGUCUCCGACACUGUUCAGGAUAAUACGCUUAGCACGAAUUGGGCGCGUUCUCCGCCUUAUUAGAGGAGCCAAAGGAAUAAGGACUCUUUUGUUUGCUUUGAUGAUGUCUCUUCCUGCUUUGUUUAACAUUGGUCUCCUCCUCUUCCUCGUUAUGUUCAUAUACGCCAUAUUUGGUAUGUCAAACUUUGCAUAUGUGAAGAUGGAAAGUGGAAUUGACGACAUGUUUAACUUUCAAACUUUUGGAAACAGCAUGAUUUGUCUUUUCCAAAUCACAACAUCAGCUGGAUGGGAUGGGCUUCUCAGCCCGAUUUUAAACAGUAAAGAACCCGACUGUGAUCUAUUUUUUCCCAACCCAGGGAGCAGUACAGUGGGGAACUGUGGAAAUCCUACAGUGGGAAUAGUUUUUUUCGUCAGUUACAUUAUCAUAUCAUUUCUUAUCGUAGUCAAUAUGUACAUAGCCAUCAUUCUAGAGAACUUCAGUGUGGCAACAGAGGAAAGUACAGAACCUCUAAGUGAGGAUGACUUUGAAAUGUUUUAUGAAGUCUGGGAGAAAUUUGACCCAGAAGCUACACAGUUCAUUGAUUACUCAGUACUUUCCACAUUUGCAGACUCCAUUGCUGAGCCUUUACGUAUACCAAUCCCAAAUGGGAUUAAACUCAUCGCAAUGGACCUUCCUAUGGUCAGUGGAGACAGGAUUCAUUGCUUAGAUAUUUUGUUUGCAUUCACCAAAAGAGUUCUUGGUGAAUCUGGUGAGAUGGAUGCUUUAAAGAUACAAAUGGAAGAAAAAUUUAUGGCGGCCAACCCAUCUAAAAUUUCUUAUGAACCCAUCACCACAACACUAAGACGUAAACAUGAAGAGGUGUCUGCCUGUAUCAUCCAAAGAGCCUACAGGAGGCAUCUGCUUCAUCGUUCCAUGAAACAAGCCUCAUUCCUUUACCGUCAUAGGUCAUGUGAUGGCAACAUCAUUGAGGAAGAUGCCCCAGAAAAGGAAGGUCUUAUAGCAAUUAUUAUGAAUGAGAAUUUUGGGCAUCAUUUGGAUAAAGUGGAAUCUCUCUCUUCAACUUCUUUUCCACCUUCUUAUGACAGUGUAACCAGGGACACAGGUGACAAUGUCCAGUUGGAAAGAGAAGAUACUGCGAAAAGCGAUGAGUCCACAGAUUUUAAAAUAUGUGCAGACAGAGACAAAGAAUCAUUUGUAUAAUCGUUUUUGAAAUGCUAUCAGAUAUCGUUUACAGGAUGUUAUGACGUACGAGUACACAACUGUUCUGGACCCCCUCCUGUUCAAUUUAUUUGCAAAUAAAAAUAAAUAACUUUUCAUUUGAAGAACUGGGCGCAGAUGCUCUACAGUCAUUGACUGAUUACCAGUCAACUUUGCUUUAUAUUUCUACAUCCAGAACUUAUGCAGCCUAAAAAGUAAUAACAGUGGCGUGGUUAUGAGUAUGCUAAUGUGUAACAGAGUAAUGCAAUGUAUCUCUAUACACAGACAAAGCCUGAUUGUAUACAUUCAUUUAUGGUCUUAUACUAGUGUGUUUAGUAAAGGUUAUAUAUGACCUUGUAUCUAAGUUAAAUCCAAAUAUCACAAGCUGCUGUAGCAAAACUAUAUACACCUACUGUAUAUGUCUCGAACGGUCUUUCAUACAUUUAUAUUUGAUAUAUUUUUUUUUUACAUAAAAAAAGUUUUUGUUUUUUCCAAGGGGAGAGCAGAUGGUCGUUUAAAGAUCUGCAUUAUAAACUCUCAAAUUAUGUAAUAUAAAAAAAUAAAAUUAAAAAGUUGGGAUAUUACUGCUCACAAUUGUUACAAAACAUUUCAACUGUUAUUACAAGCUGACGUGUAAUUGCUUGGCAUGGGUAAUGCAAAUAAAGCUUUUAAAAAGGGUGAAUUAACGUGUGCUAAAUAACCAACAAUUUUGUUGAAUUAAAUAUGUCUGAGAAAAAAAGUUUAUUUGAGAUUUUUAAGAAAUAAAUUAAAAAACAUUUAAAUCUUCGGUCAGGCCCCAGCUAUUAACAGAAAUAUUGCUUAGUAGCCACCGCCUCUCAUCACUCCCAUGUUUCUUUCAGCUCUUUUUCUAAUCCAUAUUGUUUUUCUUUCCUAUAAUUCUGCCAACAGUUACAGUAGUCUACGUGUCCAACCAUAUAAGUCUCUGUAUUGCCUCCAUGUCUCAGACUCCCUCAGGGUUUCUCAGUUACUCAUCCACAUUCUACCCAAAAUGUCUAUGCAAUGUUUCUUCCAUAGCUAUGUCAUUCUUUCCCAUUUCCCCAUCUAAUCAACUAUAUAUCCCCCAUUGCAUGUUUUCCAUCCAAUCUAACUGCCAUAUCAUCGUGUGUCUUCCACCCAUCCACAGCUUUUUAAAAAGUAAUUGUCUUUAUUUAGCUGGACAGCAGCAUGCUAGAGAAGACCACUCUAGGCUUGGUGUAAAAAGUCAAUUCCAUCUUAUUGUGUGGUGCCAUGUACAAUAAGACGAUUAAGGGUGAGAAUCCAGUGUGGGGCUUAUUUUACCUGUCACUGCAAUCUUUGGGUUUUUCUCUAUAAAUCCUGCCUGCUGUUUGGCACCAUGGUGAAAUGUUGUACGGACAACAAAAUCUUUCCAUGUGCUGAAUCACCGCACAAACUAAGUAUGCACCCUGUGUAAUGGAUUUUCUUUUCGUUGUAGUCAGGUGUCUCAUAUCACAGAUAUUUUUUUUAAAUAAAGAUAAUUUAAUUGACAAGAUUAGCGUGAUGCGGCCCACAAGCGUGCCGAUUAAAUGCACUUUUCGUAUACAGUCUCUGUAGGGCUGCGUGGAUUCGUUGUGCCUUUUGUUUGAAUAAAGCACGCUCCAUGGGUACUAAAAGUCAGAGAAAAAGCCAUUUCCUCCUUUUAACGAGGCAACAAAAUCCAAUCACUACUUCAAAAAAUUUCAUUUAUAGUUUUGCCUGGUUUAGUAUUACUGUGUAUAACUCGUUGCAUCCAUUUAUCCUUUUGUUCUAAAAAUGUCUAAACGGUUGUUAAAAGUAUCAACUGCAUCAGCUAGCCAUUACUUAAUAAUGUGUACAUUUCCAUUGCCAUUACUGUAAAGAACCAUUUCUAUGUUGCACAUAAAAGCUCACUUUCUCUAAUCUCAAGUGAUGUCCACUUAUCACCUACACAGCACAUGUAAUAAAAAGUUCCCUUGAGAACUUCUUGUAUUGACCUUGAAUAUACUUGAAUAAAAUUAUCAUUCUUUUUUAUC